AUGAUGCAAGAAAAUACAGGACCAGAUCCAUUAGCGGGUCUUCCAUCCAUUCAUUACCGCCAUCCCAGCUCGCGUGGUGCCGCCUCGCCCUUAGAGCACCCGGUGCUUCUCCCUAGUGCCGUGCCUCCUCGGCCAGCGCCCGCCCCCCUCUCGCUGCAUCGAACAGGCUCAUGGUCGGUGCAUCCUACUGUAUCAUCUCCUGGCCCCCAUCCCUGGGAUGCAGACGCUCUGACGUCGCCGCCCGGUCUCUUGCCCAACGGCGCCCCUGGACGUCGGCGUCCACGUCGUACACUUACAGAUAAUGCGACCGAGUUUUUGCAUGCUGUGGACGACUUGCUGGGCUCACAGGUGUCACGGCAUGGCCCGUCCCACAUGCCUCUGCCUCCGCCACCUGGGAAUCUCGCUAGCCACGGCAUGGAAGGUCCUCUGUCGCCCAAGUCAGCCGCCUUCCCUAUGCCGAUGGAACACGCUUUUGGUGUGGAAUCGGCGGGACCGGCGCCGCUGCCGCUGGGCUCGACCAAGUUCGGCUUUCCUAUGCCGAGCCAUGCGAUUGGGUCGCCGCCGAUUCACACGCAGGACGAACGAGCGCCCGCGUCGGACUGGCCGCUUUCGGACGUCGAGGGACCGCCGAUGUGGCCGUCCAUGUACCCACCGACGCAGACGCCUGCUCCUAUCGAUCCGCUGGGCUAUGGGGCCUCGACUGCUGUGCUGUCGUCGUCGCCGGACGAUGCGACAGCGCCGCUCCACGCCGAAAAGUCGGUGGCGCUCGUCUUGGGCGACGACGAGCCGCGGUCGCAUAUGCCGCCCGCUCCGCCGACGAGUCACGCGCGGCCAGAUGUGCUGGAUGCGUCGAUGCAGCCGUCGGCGUUCGUCAACCAGGACCUGGCGCAGCGCGUGCGGUCGAUGACCCUGCCGGUCGAUCUGUCGGUGGGUCCGAUGCGCGAGCGGACCGGCUCGGUGCAUCGAGCUCACCGCGCGCCUGACUCGCCGUCAUCGCCUAUGAGCGGGGGUCGUAUCUCUACGCACGCACGCAAAUCUGCCGCUGCUGCCGUGGCCGGCCACGGUGUGCAUGGCAUGUACGCACGUUACACGCCGCAGUCGCCGUCCAUGGCGUCGUCGGCGACGAUCUGCGACUCGCCUGAUGCGCUGGAUCCGUCGUCGCGCCCGGGCCCGAAGCGCCGCGACGAGGGCAAGUGGUUUGGUCGGCCGGGCACGCUGCGGCUGGGCGACACGGUGCCGAUUGCGUCGACGGGCCCAGCCGUCUUGGACGAUGAGCUUGCGCCGUACGUGCGCGCGCGGUCUCAGGCGACGGUGCACGAUGUGCAUGGUGACGAGGGCUCUGUGCGCUCGCGCAAUUCGUCGCGCACGCGCGCGUAUGAGCGAGGCACGGGCGAUCUCGGCGGCCGCUUCCACCGGCGCGACGAGGGUGGUGUGCCGCGCGCUGUGUCGGUGCCGCUGCAGGACGAUGCGGCGCACUGGGAGCUGCGGGACGUGCGUGGCCAGCUGGCCGAGAUCAGCAUGGACCAGCACGGCAGUCGGCUGAUCCAGGAGAAGCUGGAUCACUGCACGCCGCAGGAGCGCACGCAGGUGUUCGAGGAGCUGUUUCCCGAGUCGCGUCGGCUCAUGGCGGAUGUGUUUGGCAACUAUGUGAUCCAAAAGCUGCUGGAGUACGGCACACGCGAGCAGGUGCGGACGCUGGGCGGCCAGCUCGAGGGCCAUGUGCUCUCGCUCUCGCUCGGCACGUACGGCUGCCGCGUCGUGCAAAAGGCGUUUGAGCGCGUCGACGAGGAGCAAAAGAUCCGCCUCGGCCAGGAGCUGCAUCCGCACGUCUUGGACUGUGUGCGGGAUCAAAAUGCGAACCACGUGAUCCAAAAAAUCCUGGAGCAGGUGCCGAGUCCGCACCUCGACUUUAUUGCCUCGGCGUUCCUGGGCCAUGUGCCCGUGCUCGCGUCGCACUGCUACUCGUGCCGUGUGCUGCAGCGCAUCUUUGCGUACUGCAGCGAGGAACAGCGCCGGCCGCUCCUCGACGAGAUGCACAAGGACACGCUGCGCCUCAUGCAGGACCAGUACGGCAAUUAUGUCGUCCAGUGGGUCCUGCAGCACGGCGAGGAGCGCGACCGCGUUGCGAUUGUGGGCGUCGCCAAGUCGCACCUGCUUGCCCUCUCGCGCCACAAGUUUGCGUCGAACGUCGUCGAGCAUGUGAUCCAGGUCGCGCAGCCCGCCGACCUGGCUGACCUGCUCGAGGAACUGCUGGCCCCGCUGCGUGCCUCGGACGUCGAGGGCCUGCCGCUCCUCCUCGAGGGCACGGCCCCGCUCUGCAUUGCGACGGUCAUGAUGCAGGACCAGUACGCGAACUAUGUGCUGCAGCGCUUCCUCCAGACGCUCCACGGCCACGACCGCGAGCGCCUGGUCCAGACCAUCCGGCCUGUGCUGUAUGCGCUGCGCCAGCGCCAGGCGCUCAUGGCUGCCCAGAGCAAUGCGGCGUCGACGCCGUACACGGGCAGCAUUCGCAUCCCCGGUGGCGGCCACAUCGGGAACAAGCCCCUGCUGGCCAUCGAGCGCCUCAUCGAGCAGGGCCCCUAA